AUGCCUCCCACGAACAAUGUUGUUCCGACAACAAAUGCAAACGACAAAGGAGGUGGUACAACAUCAUCGUCCUCUGAGGCAGCGAAUGCCCAAGCCUUGAUCAAUCCUACAUCACAAGCAUUUGAGGCGCAUUAUGUUUUGCAACAAUUAAAAAAGCGACCAGAGAUGGAAGCUUUUUAUCGGAAGUAUGAAAGUACUCUCAACGCUCUGAUCUCUUCAUACACCAACGUUGAACGCCUUUCAAAAAAAUGUGAGCAGCUCAACCAAGACAUUCUAAUCAUGGCAACCAAGGUAAAAACUGCACAAAAAUUGGUUGCCGAAGAUCAACAGCAAAUGUCACUCAUCAAAAAAGAAAUUGAAAAACAAUGGAGUAUUUAUGAUACUGCAAAACAAAAAGAUAAAGAGGCACAGGCCAAGCUGGACGAACUUCAAGAAAAGUGCAAUUUAUUGCAAAAAGAAAUUCAGCUCGGAGUUGUGAACGAUGACAGAAAGAAAUUGAUCGAACAACUUGAAGAGACAGAACAAAAAUUAAAAAAAGAAUACGACUUGGAGCAGAAUAUGAAAAUAGGGCUUAUAAAUACUGUGACACGACUCCAAACACAAUAUGAUGACUUGAUAAAACAAAGAGAGCAACUUUUAAGCAAUAUUCAAAGCAUGUCCAUACAAAUUACUGACAUUGAAAAACUCACAAAGGAAGAGCAAACAGAGAGAGACAAGGCAAAAUUCGAAUUGGACGAGGCGAAAGCUUUGUUGAAAAGCAAACUCAAAGAUAUCGAGGAAAAAAAGAUGAAGCUCGAGCACGGAGAGAUUGAGCUACAAAAAUACGAACAAAAGCAGCAGAGCAAAGUCAAAAAACGAUCAAAUCUCAAAAGCAUGUAG